CCGGAGCAGCUGAGCAACACACGUCAAUCACAGACGAGUGAAUUCAGCUGCUGCACUGUUUGGACCAAGUCCUGCGGAGUCAAAUCCAUUCAUCUGAGUAAAGGUGUUCUUGCACGAAAGCAUCCAGCACAGAUAGCACUUAUAUCCAGGGCUGACCUCUGCAGGUCCACAUCUGCACUCAGACACACUGUUCACAGCACAACUCUGAGCUCAGACUCUCCAACCAAGAAGAUGCAGGAGAACAGGACCCAGAAGUUUGGAGCCGAGCUGCAUCAGCGAGGUUUGUUCAGGAAGAGCACCACCUACCUGGCUAAGAUCGCUGUCGUCCUCCAAGGUGCUGCAGGCAAGAUGCUCACUUUCACUCAGUUGAUGGACAGGCUGGCCCCACUCAUCUGUGAAGACAGGAAAUCUGUUGAGAACAACAUCAGAGUCUGUUUGUCAACACACUCAUGUUUUGUCAAGAUUCCUGUGGUCCCAGAUUCAUUCCACAGUAAGAGGAACUACUGGAAACUGGACCCCGGUCAGAUCACAGCAAAGAUGGUGCGUCGUCACUUUAAAGGAAUCCUGCAGCUCUUCCCUGAGUUGGCCUGCAAAGUGGAAACAGAGGACAUGAGCAGCAGAGCAUCGAAGCACUGCUCAGAUCUCCACUCUCCUGAAGCUGCUCAGAUCACACGUGAGACAAAGUUCAGCAGUCCUUUCUCCAUCGAGUCCCUCCUGAAGAGAGACGCUCCCUCGGCUCGGCCCUCCAGACCCUCUCCUCUCUCCAGUGUGCCGGUCAGAGCCGAGCAGCAGCUCAGACAAGUCAGGACAAAGAGGAGCCUCAGCUGGGACUCUGAGGAGCAUCUCCUCCUCCAGGCUCCAGCUGGAAGUUCCCUCAUCUGCUCAACAGGAGGCAGCACACACCACGAACUCGCUGCUAAGAGGAUGCAUGUGAACACAGAGUCUUCAUUCCUCACGUACACAAGAGCUGCUCCUUUUUUCAGCAGCCCACACAGCAGUUACAUUACUUACUCUCUACCAGCAUUUACCCACGAUGCUCUCUGUUUUCGUUUGUGACAGUGUGUUCCCUUCAUUAAAAUUGCACUUUUGUGUGUUUUUUUUAAUGUUUUCUAGUGGAACACUUAAAGUGAAAAUGUUCUAUUUGAUCAGACACACCCCCUUUUAAAUCACACAAGGCUCAUGAAUGGUCUCAUGUGUGUCUCAUUGUACCUUUGUUAAGUAUUUCCUGUUUCAGGAAUUAUCGUGAUGUUUAAAAGAAGAUGCUACUAUCGCCUGAAGUAUCUUGUUCAACAGACUGUAAAGUGAUUUUUUUUUUUAAGGAUAUUUUAUAUAUAUAUUUUUUGUUUGAGGGCAGAAUAGUAUGCAGUAGUCAUCACACUGAAACAACGAUUAAAGGUGGUUUUAUUCUACUUCCUGGCACUUUGUCCAACUCUGUCAUAUAUAUAUUUUCUUUAUCAUGGUAUGUUUUACUUGUAUACUACUUACUCUGAAGUGAACGUGACAGUAGCAUGAAAAUGCAGGUCAGGCUGUUUUUAAGGCUGCGACAGAUCAAUGAAGACACACAUCAAGUUGUUAAAUUUGAACUUUUGCACCUAGUUAGUCGUUCCCCCCCCGAGGCCCUGGUCAGUGGGGUGACAUAAUACAAAGUUGACUGACCACAGUGGCGAGGUUGAGCUGAGCAAAUAUGUAAUCUAUGAAAUCUGUUUGCUUUUCUUUUUGCAGGUCAUCUGAGGCACAGGUCUGGUCCUAAACUGUAACCUAAUUAAAUUCGUCUGAACAUC